GGUUUUGGAUUUUUACCGGUAGUAGUCAGAAAGAAGAUGGGAAAAGGCUUCAAAGUGUUUGUUUGUGGAAUGUGUUCAGUGGGAAAGACAGCCAUCUUGGAACAAGUUCUGUAUGGUAAUCACACUAUUGGUGGAGACUGCAGCAGAACUAUGGAAGAUGUAUAUGUCGCUGUGGCUGAAACAGAUCGAGGACUAAAAGAACAAUUACGUCUGUAUGACACCCAAGGACUCCAAGGAGAAGAGGCUUUCCCCAAACAUUACUAUUCUAUGGCAGAUGGCUUUGUUCUAGUGUAUGCUGUAAAUAGUCUGGAAUCUUUUGAGAAAGUUAACUGGCUCAAAAAGGAGGUUGACAAGUUUAGAGAAAAGAAAGAGUGGCCAAUUAUUGUUUUAGGUAAUAAAACUGACCUUUUGGAGGAAAGACAAGUACAGAGUGAAGUUGCGCAACAGUGGGCUAGGAUUCAGUCAGUGAAAUUAUGGGAAGUGACAGUAACCAAUAGAAGGACAAUGAUGGAGCCCUUUGUGGUGUUAGCAAGCAAACUUUGCCAAUCACAGAACAAGUCAACAUUUUCUUUCUCCCGUCGGAGACUCAAAGGCAAUAAGGAAGAUUACUGAAUGCUCUUAUGCCUCCACUGAGCCAAGAAUCUGCUGUGGCUUUUGCAUUUCCAGAGUUCGUUCAUGUCUAGAGCAACUAAAGCAGUUCUCACACCUCAGGAUGAGAAUGGCAUCUGAAAUCACUUCAUAAAAACACUGAAAUGAUCAUAGUUGUCUGUAUUCAAUUACCAUAUUUUUUGGACUAUAAGAUGCACUUGAUUAUAAGGCGCUUAAAUUUACAGGAGGAAAAGAAGAAAAAAACAGCUUCACUCUCCACGAUCUGUUUUCGCC